CGAGGUGCGCCUCGGAACCCAUAACCUGCACUGCACUGCACAGCGUCAUCUCCCGUCGCUCUUCUCUGCCAAAAUUCUAUGGAUAAGGAGGGUCUCCUAGUCUUCUUCACCUUCUCCCCAUUGAUGCUCUGACGUCGAACUCCGACCGAAAGCCAUGGGACUUGCUUCGGCCAUUCAGAGCUGCGCGCGAAGCCCUCGUCUCUUCUCCCCAUCGCCGCGCGGGACUUCACGGCCGUUGCCGUCGCCGUCGCUUCGGCUUUCGCCUCGGUCCGCCUGCGCUCGCGUUCCCUCUCUCAUCGCAGAUAAUCGAACCCGCCACGGCCACGGCCACUGCGCUCCCGUCUCUUGCUCGAGAAAGACCGAGCAGGAGGACGAUCUAUCCACCUCUGGAGAUGGAAAAAAGAGCAAGUUGUACGAUGACAUAAAUGAUGUCGAUCAGCGUCAAUUGCCACAGAAAAGGGAUCAGGAGAAGGAAAACUAUGUCUCGUCUAUUAGAACUGUUGCUCUAUGUGUAAGCACUGCAGUGGCUUUUGGGGUUGGUCUAGGCUUGAAGGAUGGUGUCGGCAAGGCAUAUGAGUUUUUUGCUGGGUACAUAUUGGAGCAGAGUUUGUCUGUAGACAAUCUGUUUGUCUUUGUUCUUGUUUUCCAGUACUUCAAAGUGCCAAUCAUGUAUCAGAACAGGGUACUUUCUUACGGCAUUGCUGGGGCGAUAUUUUUUCGUCUGACAUUAAUAAUACUUGGGUCAGCCACCUUACAGAGGUUUGAGGGAGUAAACCUACUUCUGGCCGCAAUACUUCUGUACUCGUCAUUUAAGUUGUUCACCAGUGAAGAAGAUGACAGCGAUCUAUCUGACAACUUUAUUGUGAAGACAUGCCAGAAAUUUAUUCCAGUCACAAGUAGCUAUGAUGGUGACCGAUUUAUAACAAAUCAGAAUGGUUUGUGGAAAGCCACUCCUUUGCUUCUCACAGUAGCGGUCAUUGAGCUCAGUGACAUAGCAUUUGCAGUUGACUCAAUACCAGCAGUUUUUGGUGUUACACGGGAUCCUUUCGUUGUGUUCACAUCUAAUCUGUUUGCGAUAUUAGGUUUAAGGUCACUUUACAGACUCAUUUCUGAGGGUAUGUCAGACUUGGAAUAUUUACAGCCAUCCAUUGCUGUUGUGCUGGGCUUCAUCGGGUGUAAAAUGAUCCUAGAUUAUUUUGGUUUCCAUGUUUCGACAGAGGCUUCUCUCGGUGUUGUAGCAACAUGCUUAAGUGCUGGAGUAGUGUUAAGUCUUCUCAAGAAAUCUGAUUAGCCAGAGAUGCCGUUUAAGCAUACAGCUGCCUCAGGUUUUUGUGCGGUGUGCUCACUCUCCAACAUUCUUGAGCUCCUCUGGAAAUGGUGGUAUCUUUGGGAGAAUAAGUACCACCAGAUGUCCAUAGAUUGCCAGGAACUCCUCUUGCCAUUCCAAAAGGGAGAAUAAGUGAGGAAGCGAAGAUAGAAAAUAUAGUCGAUAGGUUGAAUUCAUUUGCAAAGCACAAGAGCACUUUUAUUGGUGAAGCCUACAUGAUGCCUUCACUGAUCCAGUGUUUCUUGGUUACUGUUCAGGUAUUUGAAUAAGAUGUCCAAAGAACUGUGUGUACUGCCCGUGCAAUUCAUUUUUAGUGUU